AUCAGUCUUUUUCUUUCACCAAACUUCUCAUUAAAAUGAAUUUAAUUUGGAAUUAAUGCUUUGAAACUAGAUUUUUUAUUUUAUUUUAUUUUAUUUUAUUUCAUUGAUUUAUUUGCAUGGUUGUUUCUGAGUUUGGGGUGGGAGCUAAAAGUCAGAAGUUUUAAUUUUAUUUACCUUGAUGUUCAAUUAGGUUGAGUUGAUUUUUCUUGUAAAAAAAGUCGUGAUUUUUGCCAAACUGUAUUUAUUUACUUGGAACCCCCCUCUGUCUUAAUGGUCAUUUUUCAGUUGAGAAUUAUUUUAUUUGCCAUGAAAUAAGUGGCAAAAUCUGUUGCUUUAGGAAAAUUGGAGCUGUGAUCAAUCACCAUUGCUGAGCAAGUUCCAUUUUCUUUAUUUUAUUUGUGAAUUCUAGCUUUUAUUUUAAGAGGUAUGCUGCUUAAGGAUCACAAUUCAAGUGUAGGGAUGGAUUACAUAGAGAUGAAGCGACGGAGCAGCUUCACGAGAAGGAUCCUCUUGGCCGUUGUUGUUUCCGCGCUUUUGAUCUUCAUGGUUAAAGGCCCUUCUAGUAUUAGUGGCUCUUCAAAGUUUUCUGAGCACGAGGCAGGCGUCACACAUGUCCUAGUGACGGGGGGUGCAGGCUACAUCGGCUCCCAUGCUGUUCUUCGCCUUCUGAGGGAUUCAUACCGCGUAACCAUUGUGGACAAUCUCUCUCGUGGAAACAUGGGAGCCGUUAGAAUCCUCCAAGGACUCUAUCCGGAGCCGGGGAGACUUCAGUUCAUAUAUGCUGAUCUAGGAGAUGCAGCUGCUGUAGACAAGAUAUUCUCUGAGAAUGCUUUUGAUGCUGUUAUGCAUUUUGCUGCUGUUGCUUAUGUUGGCGAGAGCACCGCUGAACCUCUGAGGUACUAUCACAAUAUUACAUCAAAUACCUUGUUGGUUGUGAAAGCAAUGGCCGCUCAUGGUGUGAAGACAUUGAUCUACUCGAGCACUUGCGCGACGUAUGGAGAGCCCGACAAGAUGCCCAUCACAGAAACCACCCCACAAGUCCCCAUCAAUCCAUAUGGUAAAGCCAAGAAAAUGGCAGAAGACAUAAUCAUCGACUUCUCUAAGACAACGGACAUGGCUGUCAUGAUCUUGAGGUAUUUCAACGUGAUUGGCUCGGACCCCGAGGGAAGGCUCGGAGAAGCUCCUCGACCAGAGCUACGAGAGCAAGGAAGAAUAUCCGGAGCUUGCUUUGAUGCAGCCAGGGGCAUAAUACCCGGGCUCAAGGUGAGAGGGACUGAUUACAAGACUAGAGAUGGGACUUGCAUACGAGACUACAUCGAUGUGACUGACUUGAUAGACGCGCACGUGAAAGCCUUAGGCCACGCGAGGCCCGGGAGAGUCGGGAUCUACAACGUUGGAACAGGAAAAGGUAGUUCAGUAAACGAAUUCGUGGAGGCUUGUAAGAGGGCGACUGGGGCGAACAUAAAGGUGGAUUACCUGAGCCGGCGGCCAGGGGAUUACGCUGAAGUUUACAGUGAUCCUUCGAAGAUUCUCAGGGAGCUCAACUGGACGGCUAAGUACACGAAUCUGCAGCAGAGUUUGAGCGUUGCUUGGAGAUGGCAGAAGGCGCAUCUCAACGGUUAUGAUGAUUGAUCGUCGUGCUCUUCAAAAUCGCGGUUUUUUUGCUGCAAGAUUAGUGGCUUGGCACCAUGCUUAUGACAAUAAGAAAAUGUGAGUUGAGGAAUGUGUAAAAUGUGUAGUAAGAUAUGACAGAAGGUAUUGAUAUAGGUGAUGUGAAAUGAGACAGUUUAUACUGAUUUUGGAGAGUGUAGGCAAAAAUGGUUAGUGUCUAACUGCAUAUGGCCUAAGAGCAGUUUAUUAGUGAGCCAAGAUUUGAUAGAGCAGAACCGAGUCCAAUAUUGUCAUGCUCAAGUUUGGUUCGUUUAUAAUCGAGACGAGUCUCGAACUUUAUUGAUUCUAGCUUGAUUUACUGAAUAUUCUGAUGUUUACGAGCUUAAUCGAGUACGAAUAAACUUUCU